AUGAAAAUAGAAAGUAAACAACUUGGAGAUGACAAAAUAAGAAUAGAUAGCGAAGGUAUUGGAGAUGACAAAGGUAUUGAAGAUGAUGAAGGUAUUGGAGACAAUGAAGAUAUUGGAGAUGACGAAGAUAUUGGAUACAAUGAAGGUGUUGGAGAUGAUAAAGGUGUUGGAGACGACAAAGGUGUUGGAGAUGAUAAAGAUAUUGAAGACAACAAUAAAACAAGAAUAAAUAAUCAACUUGGUGAUGAAAAUAACUAUAAUUACUGGAUAGAAGACCAACAAGAAAGCUAG